AUGACGGAUUUUACAAAUACAAGAUCUCAAACUCUUGGAAAAUUAGGUGAAGCUGAAAAUACAAUAAGCAACAUGCUUCAGAAUGCCGGUGAGAUCCUUAAACAAUUAAGUUCUGAACGAAUUUCUCAUGAAGAAGUUGAAUCACGUGCACAAUUUUUUUCAGAAAAUGCUCGAAAUGUUCAAGACUUAUUACAUAGAAGUGUAGAAGAUCUAGAACGUAUAUCAUCUGGUUUACCACAUGAAGAUUCAUGUUAUGGAACUUGGUUAGAUUUUAAUUUAGCUUUAAUGAGAACAGAAACAAUACGAAAUAAAUUAUAUGAAUUAAAAAAUAAUCCUGAAUUACAACGAAGUCGAGAACGUGUUAAAGAACUUGAACGACAAUUAGCUCAACUUUAA